ACUUUUUUAUUUUCUCCUUUUUUUUUUUCUUUCUUAUUAGCAUCUUAUAAGAGAUUAAUGAACAUGCGGCCAUCAUUCUUUACUUUGCUCGUUCUCUCGAGUAUUUUAGCAGUAGCAACCGCAAUUAAGUUUGACUUGCUUGCUGUUACUCCAGACCAUGUGUUCGAUGGAACUAAAUGUCUUUCCCAAUAUGUCCCCAAAGACACUUUAGUGCUUGUUACCGUUAACGUCGGUGAAGGUUAUAACCAACGCGUUGAUCUCGAGAUUUUAGAUGAAACUGAAGCACGUAAUAUCUACACCAAAAAGGCUAAUGUCAAUGGCGAACUUCGUAACGCUUUCACUACUCACAACGAUGGUGAAGUUAUGGUUUGCUUCACUAAUGUUCUCGAUGCAGGUUUCCAAGAAGGUAAUCAAUAUAAGCGUUCCGUUGCCUUACAAUUCAGUGUAGGCGCUGAAGCUGCCGAUUACCAAAAGGUUAUUAAUGCCGAGAAUCUCAAUCCUCUCGAGGCCGAGCUUCGCAAGUUGGAAACUGUAGUGAAAGAGAUUGUGGAUGAGAUGAAUUACUUGAAGGCUCGUGAAGCUAAAUUAAGAGACACUAACGGUAAUUUUAGUCAUGUUACGAUAAACCAAGAGACUCAAUAUUUUUUUACUUCUUGAUAGAAUCUACAAACGAGCGUGUCAAGUGGUUUAGUACUAUUUCCUUGUUCACUCUCUUUGGUCUCGGUACUUGGCAAAUAUUGUAUUUACGUCGUUUCUUCAAGAGAAAGAGAUUGAUUGAUUAAACAAACAGAAAAAGAGAAAAAGAAGGAAAAAAAAAAAGUCAAAUAAAUAUACUAUGUAUUCAUCAUUUUUUAUAUUUA